AUGAGCCUACAGCAGGGAGACGAAGAAAGUCUCCGUGAUUACCUUACCCGGUUCAGCAACGAGUCAUCUAGAAUCACAAAUCUGGACCAAGGGCUGGCUGUGUUCGCAUUGCGGAACGGGCUGCAAGUUGGGAAAUUUCUCGACUUCAUGGUCAUGCAUACCCCGCAGGCCUUGGAGGAAGCCCUCGAUGCCUCGAAUAGAUACAUCCAAGCCGAGGAAUGGAACAAGGCCAAGUCCCAACCUGGGACUGGCUCCUUCGAAAGGAUCCAAGGGAGCCAAGAGGUUACCCGUAAAUGCAACUACAACUCCGUCAAGCCCUCAAAGAAUUACCAUGAGGACGAAGGCGACGAUGAAAAAGAAAAAGAAAAGGACCAAAACACUAAGAAGCAGAAAGGCUUAAGUGCUUCGGCCCAAGGGACCCCACCCAAAGAAAAAGCAGUGGGGGGAAAGGCUAGAUCAUCUUCUAAAGCAGCAAACUCAGAAAGCUAG